CUGUAGCAGAGACUCGGCUCAGAGAUGCCUGCUGCAGCGGCUCCAAAGGCUUCCACGUGCAUGCGAGAGACAAAGCCCACUAGCACAGACCUCCUUCAGGAGGGAGACAUGGUAAAAGAAAAUGGGCUUUUUGGAAAACAGUGUUCAUAAUUACCAAAAAAGAAAAAAAAUCAAAGUCAUGAAGAAUGUAGAUGUUUUUCAGUCCUCAUCCACUGUGUACAUCGAUCUUCAUUCUGCAACCAAGGCAUUAAAAAACUACAUUAAAAAAAUAAAAAGUGGGAGAUGGUGGAAGCCAUGGCUUUGUUCCAGGGAGCAGCAUCUGAGCAGCUUUGUGGAUGGCUCUCCUUGUGGAAAGAACCCUAGGAGAAGCUCCUGUAUGCUUGGCACGGACCAGUGUGACAGAACCUGCAGCCUCGGCUGUCUUUCCCGGGACUGGCCUGGGGUGAUCCUUUGCCUCCAGUGUAACAAUAAAAAGUUCCAUGGACAAUGUCUCAGAUUCAUCUCCACUGAAUGUCCUGUUAAGCUUUACUGCUGCUAUGCAGUGAUUGGGGUCCUCUCUGUAGCUGUGAUUGUACUUUCUGUUGCGUUGUCAUUGUCAGUGAGAAAAGAAAAAUUGGUCAAUAAGAGCCCUGGACCUUGCUGUGCCACCUGCCCAAGACACUGGAUUGGGUUUGGAAGUAAAUGUUUCUAUUUUUCUGAUGACAUGGGAAACUGGACAUUCAGUCAGACCUCCUGCAUGGCACAAGAGGCCCAUCUAGCUCAAUUUCAGAGCCUGGAGGAGCUGAAUUUCCUGAAGAGAUACAAGGGGUCUUCUGACUACUGGAUUGGCCUGCACAGAGACUCACCACAGCACCCUUGGAUGUGGACAAACAACACUGAAUAUAACAACUUGGUUCCUAUCCGAGGAGAUGGAGGAUAUGCCUAUCUGAGUGACGGUGUGAUCAGCAGUGGAAGGGGCUACAUGAAUAGGAAGUGGAUUUGUAGCAACUACUGCUAUCCUUUACAAGGGCCAGUGAUUUUAAAGCCAGGGUAGGGCAUGUGCCAAAGCAUGCCUGAGAAAGAGAUGCUCUGCGUCCUGUUAUCUACAGUUGCUGUUCCUCUCCUGAUCUGCUAAAACCAUCAUCAAAGGCCAGUGAUAAUGCGUGUGGACAGUAAAGAUGAAAUCUCAGAGAAUUAUACAUAAGGACUCUUGGGAAAACAUGGAUUCUAAAUUAAAUAGGUAUUUGAGUAAAAACGUGAAGUAUAAUCAUAUCUGUAUUAGUGAACUCCACUUUUAUGGCCAGAUAUGGAAAUUGUUUCUUUGUUCCUUGCUUUAAAUGCAGGAGACCUAAAAAUGCAGGGAGACUGAAUCCAGGAAAAUGAUUCUUUUACAAAUCCAAUAGCCAACACAACAGAAGUGAUGUCUAGAUAGUAUUAAAACCAAUACUAUCUACUCUGUGAUCAAUACAUUAUGAACAUUAUCAAAAUGUUUUUACACUUACUCGUCAAUGUUCCUAUUUUAAUUUCAGUGGACUAAGAGCAUGAUCCAAGAAAAUGCCAUUUUACUUUCUUAUUUCAACUUUUUUGAGACUUUCAUACAUGAGUAUGACAUCCAAACUUUAUUAUUUAUUAGGUUCAUUUCAACCAGGCUGGUUUGAAUUGAACCUAGUAAAGAGUAAGACAGUUAACUACUGGACCUCUUUAAAAGCAUUUGGUGCCUAAUUUUGCAAUCAUUUAUAUGCACUUGAGUUUUAAGAACAAAAUAAUUUAAUUUUUGAUAAUAUGCUAUACUGUACUGAUGAGUCCUAAAAAGGACGAAAUAACAGAUCAAAAGCCUGUCUUCAGUCAACUCUGUCUUCUUACUUUACUGAUAUAUAUACUAAGCCUGGUGACCUGAGUUCAACCUGGACUCAUGAUGGGAGAAAAAAACAACCCCAGCAAGUUGUCCUGUGAUGUUCAUAAACUUAUGCUGUACCUAUACGCACAUGCACACAAAAAUUAACAAUAAAAAAUUAGUUUUAUAGAGA